AGUGCAGCACAGGGGAGAACUGCAUUACACCUGGGCUGUAUGCCAUGGUUGGGGCGGCAGCUGUGCUUGGUGGGGUCACGCGCAUGACUGUGUCAUUGGUAGUGAUCAUGUUUGAGCUGACGGGAGGUGUACGUUACAUUGUGCCUCUCAUGGCUGCAGUGAUGCCCAGCAAGUGGAUUGGGGACGCAUUUGGUCGUGAGGGUAUUUAUGAUGCCCACAUUAUCCUCAACGGUUAUCCAUUCUUAGACUCCAAGGAAGAGUUCAGUCACACCACUCUUGCACAUGAUGUGAUGAAGUCAGGGAAACAUGAGUCUUUCUUCGUGAUAACCCAAGACAGUAUGACCCUGGACGAUGUGGAGCAGCUUCUUCGAGAGACGGACCACAAUGGGUUCCCCGUGGUGGUGAGCCGGCAGUCUCAGUACCUGGUUGGUUUUGUUGCCAAAAGGGACCUAAAUAUUGCCAUCAAUCAAGCUAAAAAAGCACAGAAGGAAUUGUGGGUGAGUCGGUUGUGUUGUUCACGGCGUCGGUGCCAUCACCGUGGAUGGGUCCUCCACCUCUCCGCCUUCGCAAGAUCCUGGAUCUCGCACCCAUCACCAUCACUGACCAAACGCCAAUGGAGACAGUGGUCGACAUGUUCAGAAAGCUGGGGUUGCGGCAAACACUCGUCACACACAAUGGACGGCUGCUGGGGAUCAUCACCAAGAAGGAUGUUCUGCGUCACAUCAAGUUCCUGGAGAGUGAGGACCCAGAGUCGGUCCUCUUCAAUUGAUUGCCUCAUGUCGCUUGGGCUCAAUCAUCAACAUUGUUUUAGUUUAUUACAUGUCUCAAGGAGGUAUUGUUCAAACUGUACCACCAUGGUGUGUGUGUACAUUGCCCCGAGGGUUGACAGAUUUCCACCAUUAAAUUGCUGUGUUUAUUUAGUCACUCGCCUGCCAGUGUUCAGGACAAUUCUGACACAUUGGGGGAUCUCCUAUGGUGGGGGAAAUCAGUCGAUGGGCUGGUGUAUAUGCUAAAUAGUUUAAAGAAUACAGUCCUUUAUCAGUAUA